CGCGCUCUGGAAUCCGGUGUCUUCCUCAAUACGCUCCUCCCAAGUCCCAAGUCCCACACGCGCCCUCAUCCUCUCAGCUCCCUACAGAAAUAUCCCAGCUCGCGCCCUCCCUGCUCUCCCCUCGGUGCCGCGCCCAGCUUCUCCUCCCCAUGGCCGCGGCUCCCUAGCGCUCGCCUAUCUGCUCGCGACGCACGCCCAGCCUCUCCCACUCGAGUUCCUCUGCUUCUUCCCCCUGUGUCACGCCCUGGCCAUGGACAUCGGUAUCGACGAGCUCACCCUGAGUUACCUGGCCUGACCGACUUCCUCUGCUCCUGCGUGCCCCAUCUCGUUGCAGCUCCAUGGUGCUCGGACUCAGCUCAGCGUGCCGUGGAGCUCCCUGUUUAGCGCAGGUUGAAUCUCCCAAGAACUCGCGUCCCUCUGUUCGCCGGAAUGGUGCCCCUUCUGCUCAGACUGCGUCUCCCUCUGCUCACGCGCUCCCCUGUUCAUCUCACUGCGCAUGCAGCGGUGUUCGGCUCCAGCUCGCCGGACCUCCCUGCCCAGCUCCCAGCGUCGAGCUUACCUCUGUCCAUGCCGCGCGCCCUUCCUGCUCGCCGCGUCGCGCCCCAGCUCUCUGGCGUGCCGAGCUCGCCCUACGCGCGCUACAAGUUUCCUUCUCCAAUCGUCGCGCGCCGCGCACGCUGCUUCCUGGAGCUCGGCCGUGACCUCGCCGUCGUUCAUCAGCUCCAGCGCACAGCUGAACUCCCCUGCCUCCCAUGGCCGAGUGUCCAGCUCCCUUGUUCCCUGAUUUCUGCGCGCCGCACGCGCCUCUCCCCGAGCUCGCCCAAAUCAGACAGUGUCUCCCUCAGCUCGAUCCCUGUCGUGAAGCUUUCUGGCUCGCCGGCGUUUCACCCGUGCGCGCACGUUCCUGCCGAGCUCGGUCCUGUCCAUCUUGCCGCGCUCGGUCUCUAGCUCCAUGUGCGCGCCGUUGUGAGCUCGUCAGCCACCCACCGUUGCCUUGUCACAGAACCCCCAACGCCGUCAUCCAUGGUCGCGACCUCGCCAAAUGCGUUCAUCGCUUGGCCCUAUGUCGUUUGGCUCGUCGACCUUGUUCGCUGCCGCGCGCGCUUGUCCCUGAUGCUUCUCGCACGGUAUUUAGAUCUCGUCGAUUGGCUCCGCCAUCCUUGUUUCCCUCUGGUCGCGAUAAAAUCUUGUCCCACCAGGUCAUCGGGCGCUGUUCCCAGCUCACUAUAGAGUUUGCUGGGCUCGCCAUAUAUUUAAAUGUCGUC